UGGAAAAUUUUCUUGUAUUUAUUUACGAAAUUGACUGUAUCAAUUUGAUAAUUAUUCUAAGUCAUUUAACUUUUAAAAAUAUUUUAAUUAAACAUAUAAAAACUUGAAAAAUACAUUUUGAUAAAAAUUGCUUAAAGUUAAAUUAAUUGCUUAUAUUUAAAAUAAACAAUUCAUAAAUACAUGUGAAGUUUAAUUUUAUUUAAAAAAAUAAAAACAAUUGUUUUUUAUUUAUCUGCCAAAUUUUUUAUUUAAAAAAUAAAAAAAUAAUAAAUGAAAAAUGCUAGAUAAAUUUUAACGAUGCUACGACAAAGUUAUAGAUUUAUAAAAAAUCUACGUCUAAAUAAUAAUUUAAUCAAUAUCAAUAAUACUCGUCAAUCAUCAAUCGAAAAAUCCACAACGAAUGAUGAUAUUUCUAACGAAAAAUUUCGAAAUGAAUUAAAAAUAAAUAAAGAUGAACUUGAAAAAUGUAAAAAUCCAGAACUAGCAAAUAUAAAGAAAAUAUUGCCAAAUUGUAAAAUAGUAAAAGUAUACAGAUGGAAUCCUGAAAAGCCAUUAAUUAAACCAAAAUUACAAACAUUUAAUAUUGAUUUAAAUAAAUGUGGUACAAUGGUAUUGGACAUACUGAUUGAGAUAAAAAGUAAACAUGAUCCAACAUUGUCAUUUAGAAAAUCAUGUAGAGAAGGUAUUUGUGGUAGCUGUUCAAUGAACAUCAAUGGUGUCAAUGGUCUAGCUUGUAUAACUAAAGUUAUUGAUGAUAAAAAACCAAUAAUUAUUUAUCCAUUACCACAUGCAUAUGUCAUACGUGAUUUGGUACCAGACAUGUCGGGUUUUCUAGAUCAAUAUAAAAAAAUUGAGCCAUAUUUAAAACGUGAAAAUGAUGAACCAAUUGGUACCAAACAAUUACUACAAAGUCCAACUGAUAGAAAUAAAUUAGAUGGUCUUUAUGAGUGUAUUUUAUGUGGAUGUUGUUCAUUUGCAUGUCCACCAUACUGGUGGCUUGGUGAAAAAUAUCUUGGUCCAGCUGUUUUACUACAAGCAUACAGAUGGAUUAUUGAUUCACGAGAUACAAAACAUAAUGAACGUUUAAAUAAAAUGCGUGAUUAUUUUUCAGUAUUUCGUUGUCAUACUAUAUUUAAUUGUACAAAAGUAUGUCCAAAAGGUCUCAAUCCAGGACGUGCUGUUGCUAAAAUUAAAAUGUUACUAAGUGGUAUUAAUAAACUUGAUAAAGAUAAUAAUAAAAAUGAUAAUUUUAUCAUUGAUCCUUGUACAGGUGAAAAACAAAUUGUAGAAAAAAAAUUAAAAUAAUAUUUUUUUUUUUCUUUAUUUAACAUGACAAUUUGUUUAUUUUAUUAUUAUUAUUUAAUUUAUAAAUCAAUUAUAAUUACAAAGAUUACAAAAUAAAUAAAAUAAUACAUUUAAAUUGACUGAAUUGAUAAUUAAAUUAUUAUUUUUUGCACAAUUUAUCUCAAACAUGGCACUUAUUUAAUUUGUACGUAAAUAUUUUUGUUAAUUAACUUAUUAUUUAUAUUACCAUCACAGAGAAUUAUGCAUAGAAAAAAUGAUUUAUCAAUUUAUUUGUAUGAAAAUCAAUAAAAUAUUUAACAG